ACCAACUGCGCAUGUGUGAGGAGGGUUGUACGUCUGUCUCGUCUACGUUGAUCCAGGGUGAUCCCUACUUCCUGUGCGAGCCGAGGAGGAUUUUGCGAGUACUUUUACCAAGCAGGGCCCGUACCCCCAGAAACCCGGGGAACAUCCCCAAUCAUGCUUCUGUAUUAGGCUGUUUUUUAAACAUCGACCUCCUAGUCAGAGGCCAAAUCGGUCCGUCAGUAUAGCUGUUUUCACUGGCUACCCAGCUAGGUUUCACGGUGUGUUAUUCGCCAGCUAGACACCGCUAGCUAAAUUUGUUCUGGUAUCAAUUUCAAGAUGUCAAAUUCUGGGUACAACUCUCAGAAUGGGGCGGGAGGACAGCCGUACACGAAUGGCCCCUCCGUGCCCCCUGUGGCGCUGCAGCCUGUAGGCCAGGGCUACGGCAUGGCGGGUCCGCCCCCGCUUCCCAACCAGAUUCCCGCCAAGUCUGCCCACCCGCAUGCCGGCGCUCCCGGACUCCACAACUCCGGCCCCUAUCAGAGCGCCCCCCCCGCCCAGCUCCUAUCAGGCGGCUCCGGGGCCGACGCCCACCAGCCGGUCGCCGGCUCCCAUUGGACCGCCUCAGAGUAUGACCCCGCCCCCACCUGCCGCCCACGGUCACAUGACUCCGCCCCCACCUUCCACUCACGCCCAUAUGAUGACCCCGCCCGUGCCUACUACCCACGCCCAAAUGAUGACCCCGCCCCUGCCUACUACCCAUGCCCAAAUGAUGACCCCUCCCCUGCCUACUACUCACGCCCAUAUGAUGACCCCUCCCCUGCCUACUACUCACGCCCAUAUGAUGACCCCGCCCCUGCCUACUACCCAUGCCCAUAUGAUGACCCCGCCCCUGCCAACCACCCACGCCCAAAUGAUGACCCCGUCCCCCCCUAACGUCCGCGGCCGCCUGACCCCUUCGCCCAUUUCCCCCCUUGCCACGCACCCGUCUCCGCCCCCACACAUCACCCACGGCCACAUGCUGACCCCGACCCCGCCCAACAUCCGUGGCUACAUGACCCCGCCCGCACCUUCCCCGCUCACCGUUCCUCCCGGCUCCCAGAAUCCCCUGCUGUCCAGCUGGCCCCAGGGACCUGUGGGAAAUCACGUGACCGCGUCGCCCACGCCUUCGUCACCAGGAUCCAGUAUGGCUCCGCCCCACUUCUCGUACAGCGCCUCACACCCCCCAGGACACCUGCCUUCUCCCCUCGCCCUCAACAGCUACGCCCCCCCAGGCUCCGCCCCUUCCUCGAUGAGCCCAGUGCCGUCCCAGGUGUAUCAGCCCGGCAGACCGCCUUAUGCCCCCCCGCCUGCCGCCGGGCCCCCCCCCACCAUGAGGCCCACGCCGCCCCCUACUGGUGCUCCUGGCUCUGCCACCCCACCGCCCCCCUUCCCUCAGCAGCAUGAAGGAGCUGGACAGCCACCCAUCACCGGUGAUGUCACAGCAGCCCCUCCUGCCUUUGACCAUCUGGAAACGGGUACACAUGGUAAACACAUGGCCGGCCUGCCCCCACCACCUCAGCCUGGGAUGAACAGGCCAAUGGGCCACUCGUACCCCACGCUCCCCCCGGGCUACCAAAACGUGUCCAGUCCCUCCUCCCCUGCCCAGACCAGGAAGCAGCCUUACAGUCCCGCGGCACAGCCGUAUCCGCAGCCCCCAGGAGGCCCCGCCCAGCUCAACCCCUCCAUGGCGGGCCUGAGCCUGCAGUCCCACACCCCCGAGGCCCUGAGGGUGGUGAACCUCCUGCAGGACCGCAGCAUCCUCCCCCCUGGGCCUGUGCCCCCCCCCAUGCCCUGCCUGCCCCAGGACCUGCAGAGAGUCAACUGCAGCCCAGAGGUCUUCCGAUGCACCCUCACCAGCAUCCCUCAGACCCAGUCCCUGUUAAACAAAGCUAAACUCCCCCUGGGGCUGCUGCUGCACCCGUUUAAAGACCUUUCGCAGCUGCCCGUGGUCACCUCCAGCACCAUCGUGCGCUGCCGGUCCUGCCGAACCUACAUUAACCCCUUCGUCUCCUUCCUGGACCAGAGGAGGUGGAAAUGCAACCUGUGCUACAGAGUUAAUGACGUUCCUGAGGAGUUCAUGUACAACCCCGUCAGCAGAUCCUACGGGGAACCCCACAAAAGGCCCGAGGUCCAGAACCCCACCAUUGAGUUCAUCGCUCCUUCAGAGUACAUGCUUCGACCCCCCCAGCCCGCCGUGUACCUGUUCAUCCUCGACGUAUCCCACAAUGCCGUGGAAACUGGGUACCUGGACGUCGUGUGUCAGUCCCUCCUGGACAAUAUCAGCGCGCUUCCAGGGGACUCCAGGACGAAGAUCGGCUUCAUCACGUUCGACAGCACCGUCCACUUCUACAACCUGCAGGAGGGCCUGUCCCAGCCCCAGAUGCUCAUCAUCUCAGACAUCGAUGAUAUUUUCUUACCGACGCCAGACAGCCUUUUAGUCAACCUCAACGAGUGCAAGGAGCUGGUGCAGGACCUGCUGAAGGCCCUGCCGCAGAUGUUCGUGAAGACGAUGGAGACGCAGUCCGCGCUCGGCCCCGCCCUGCAGGCCGCAUUCAAGCUGCUCUCGCCCACCGGGGGGCGCGUGUCCGUCUUCCAGACCCAGCUGCCCUCGCUCGGGGUGGGGGCCCUCAAGUCCAGGGAGGACCCCAACCAGAGGGCGUCCGCUAAGGAUGUACCGCACCUCUCUCCCGCCACCGAUUUCUACAAGAAGCUGGCGCUGGACUGCUCGGGCCAGCAGGUGGCUGUGGAUCUGUUUCUGCUGAGCGGGCAGUACUGCGACUUGGCCUCCUUAGGCUGCAUAUCCAGGUACUCUGCCGGGAGCAUCUAUUACUACCCGUCGUACCACCACCAGCACAACCCCGCCCAGGUGCACUGCUUCCAGAAGGACCUGAAGAGAUACCUCACCCGCAAGAUCGGCUUCGAGGCCGUCAUGAGAAUACGCUGCACGAAAGGUCUGUCCAUACACACCUUCCACGGGAACUUCUUUGUGCGCUCGACGGACCUGCUGUCGCUGCCCAACGUGAACCCGGACGCGGGCUUCGCCGUGCAGAUGUCCAUCGAGGAGAACCUGCUGGACACGCAGGUGGUCUCCUUCCAGGCCGCGCUGCUCUACACGUCCAGCAAAGGAGAGCGGCGGAUCCGUGUCCACACCAUGUGUCUGCCUGUGGUCAACUCGCUGUCGGACAUCUUUGCCGGGGCUGAUGUCCAGGCCAUCAGUGGUCUGCUGGCUAACAUGGCCGUGGACCGCUCUGUGACGGCCAGUCUGAGCGACGCCCGGGACGCCAUGACCAACGCCGCCAUCGACUCGCUGUCUGUCUUCCGCUCGUCCGUGCUGACCAUCCAGCAGCCCGGCCUACUGGCCCCCCGGAGUCUCUGCCUGUUCCCCCUCUACAUCCUGGCCCUGCUUAAACAGAAAGCCUUCCGCACGGGUACGAGCACGCGACUGGACGACCGCGUCUUCGCCAUGUGCCAGCUCAAGUUCCAGCCGCUGUCCUACCUGAUGCUGAUGAUCCACCCGUCGCUGUACAGGGUGGACGACCUCACGGACGAGGGAGCCCUGAACAUCAGCGAGCGCACCGUCCCCCAGCCCCGAAUCCUGCAGCUGUCUGCGGAGAGGCUGAGCCGCGAUGGAGCCUUCCUCAUGGACGCCGGCUCGGUCAUGUACCUCUGGGUCGGAAAAAACUGCAAUCCCAACUUCCUGGUGCAGGUGCUGGGAGUACCCAACUGUGCUGCUGUACCUCAGAACAUGAACCAGCUCCCUGAACUGGACACGGCCGAGUCCAUCCGGACCAGAGCCUUCCUCGGCUGGCUGAGGGAACAGCGGCCCUUCUUCCCCGUGCUGCAUGUCAUCAGGGACGAGAGCCCGCUGAAAGCCAGCUUUAUGCAGCUCCUGGUCGAGGAUCGGACUGAGUCUGCUCUGUCUUACUACGAGUUCCUGCUCCAUUUGCAACAGCAAGUGAGCAAGUGAGCGGGCCCCGGCUAGGCUGGGGGAUCUCCGUGUGCGGGACUGUGUCCUCCGUGUCGCUGAGCAACGGACAGCCUGGCGGGUCUUCAGUCUGGCGGGGUCUGUGGCUAACGGCUCGCGCUUAGCGUCCCUCUUCAGCCUCUCCUGGGGGGCAGCCCUUCUAUGGACUCAAUGCGGUAUUUCUUUGUGUUGUGGGGGGAGAGUGGCAGGGAUAAACAGGUGUUUCUUUGCUGGCUUUUGGUGUCUCAGUCAGUCGGAACAUUAUGAAAACCAAUUUUUGCAAACUGUCUCACAAGGUAAGAAAAAGUCAGUGUUUGUCCUUCUCGGAAUGCUGCUGGUAACGAGCUUUUCAGUUAAUGGCAGGUCACGUGAAACCCUUUUGUUUAUAACAGAAAAAAGCGGGAAAAAGCACAUUUAUGUUUGAUAAGAAAGUAAUAUAUGUAUCAUACUUUAUACUUUCUGGGGUAAUAUUGUGUGACUUUGUUGAAGUUUUUCCUGGUGACCUGGUGAACUUCGGUGUCAUUGGGAACAGAAGCAAACCAUCUACGUCAGCAAAGGCCUUCAGGGAUUCAGAAAUCCUGUUUGCUUAAGAACUGCACCCUUCCUUAUUGUAGGCUGUUGGAUAGAGGUUAUGUGUGUGCUUAUUUUUUAUUUUACUUUUCUUUUUUGAUAUGCGUCGAACAAAUGUGUUGGUUUGUCAGAGCAAAGUGAUAACAGUCGGACUUCAAAGGUGAUCUUACCUCUACAAUUAGCUGCCUUGACUGUGUCCAAUAAGUCACGUAAAGCCAUUCUACCAUUUCUUAACUAUAUAUUCUUCUCCAAGGUCUAUCUCUCACUAUUUGGAAAUUUGGAACACCUCUGAAGUUGCUGUUUGUUUUUGUUUUUUGUUUUUUUUUAAUUUAUCAGAAUCCCUGUUUUGGAUUUAAUUCUUUAAUUACCUUGUAUGGGAACUCACUUUUUACUAUUAAACCUUUGUGUUUAAAUACAGACACUAUAUAUAAAAUAUUUUAAUAUAAUAGGAUAAGGGCAAAUUCUUUAACAUGAACGUAAUGAAGCCAUUGUGAUCUUUAAUUGUGCUUUACUGAGAACUGUAUAUUGGAAAAGCUACACUAUAAUGGUAAUGGAAUGUUGAUUUCAGUAGAAACAUAUUACUGUGAAAUGAUGCUACAAAAUAAACUGGAUGGGACUUUUACACCUAGUCGCUGAUUUGUCAUAAAGAAACAGAAUUUCGAAUGGUAACUUUUUAAUGUUUAAAAAGGAUUUAUGUUUUGUCCGAAAGACCACGUCUUUGAUCCGAUGAAAUUUCUGUCCUGACUCUGUCAACCUCUGCAAUGAAUUUUUGCCAUUGUGCACAGGGGGAGCUUUUAAGUGUCUGAAGCUGUGGGAUAUCUGGGAAAAUGGUUGUGGGUUGAGUAAAGUAGGCAGUUAAAUGUAAAGUUUGUUUUUCAUUUGAGUGCAAUGUCUUUCUGUCCAAAUUCUCAUUUUAAUUAGCAGUUGUGUAUGUUUCCAGAGUGGACUUAUUAAUAUGGUCAUAAUUAAUAUGAAGGAGUAAGAAUUUGAAUGUAGUAGUGAAUGCUGGCAGUGUUUAAAAAGUGUGACUAUUUACACGUCUCCUUUCAGAAUAUAACCCAUUUUUAAUUGAAAAGCGUCCACUUUUCUGUUCACUUUUUAGGGGAUUGUUCAAAACAUGAAUAAAAUCAAAAUGCUUUAUCA